GUCUCACAGAUGUGUCGUAGUGUGAAAGUGGUUGAUGUUGCAUGAAAGUUAUCGUACUAUGUAAUAUAGUUGCCUUUUCUUCGAACUCGUAAUAUUUUUUUAAUUAUGUUACAAUGAUUACGGAGAUAAAGUGGAUGUCAAUGGCUGAUGUGGACUGAGUCAGCUGUUCAAGAUUAUUGGCUCUAUGUAAUAAUACAGAACAAAAAACGAAUCUUCAACAGUCAGCUUACAGUACAGCAAUAAACCAUUUAAGUUACUUGGUGCUAUCAAAUUGCAAUGAUCAAAUUUUCGCCAUAUAGAUCUCUAGAGGGAGGAGCAUUUCAUUAGCAGAUUGAAAUACCAAACUAUGUAAUGCAUAUUCACUGUAAAGAAGUGCAGCGAUACGCUCUGUGUGGAUACGAAGGUGUGGUAGUUAUUGGUAAUGACUCGUGGCUUGUGCAGUCACUAUGCCACUUACUUGAUCUUGUUUUAUGUCAUGGCCUUCGGGACUUGCACCAGGGCUACUGGCCUGUCGUGCAUGAAAUCAGCCACUCGGACACUCUUCGGAUAAUUCAGUCACUCAAGACUGUUAGCACUUCACUAGGAAAAGGACGAGCCUGGCUUUACCACACACUUACGGAGGGUUCCCUGCAGAGCUAUGUGCAUUGUCUGUGCCAGGAUGUCGAUAUCUUACAUAGGCACUACGUGACACAAGCACUUCUCCGAGAUACGCCCUCUACACAGCAGUUCCUCACAUUAUUGGCUGGCUUGGAGCAAGUACAGUUCAACCUAGACCCUGACGCGGCGUACCUGGACAUGGCAGCUUACCAGCAGCAACACAGUGAGGUAUCAUCUGACCUUCUCCCGUCUUGUGGAGAUCCAUCUAACCUGGGCCUUCGCAUGACCUUAUCAAUGACGUCGUCCCUGGCGUCUCCUGUGGAUUCAGGAGUUGCGCUGCUAGACAGUGAUGGUGAUAACACGUCCAUCAGUGAGGCAACAAUAAAUGAGACUGACAACCUCAGUUUGAGGGACGACAAGGAGGAUGAUUCAGAUUUAAAUGAAAUUGAAGACAAUCGAAUCAAUCACCAGCUGCAGACCCUAGAUACACUUGUGGGCAAGGGGCAUAAGGCACAGGAAGGAUGUGUGAGUACUGGUGCAAAGGCAGAAUGGCUUUAUGUUGCAACUAAAGAACAGGGCUGUGAUGAAAGUGAGAAGGCAGUAGAUGUCGGAGUCAGUGGAAGUGCUGCCACAAGUUUGGUGGACUCUCCUGAGAGCAAGGUGGUAGCAGCAUCUGAUGUGUUUCAGAGUCGCGCGUCAUCCGUAAUGACUGCAAGUGAUAUUACCAAUCAGAAUGUGAGUGAGGACGUAAUCAUUCCUUCAGUAUUGUGUGGAGCAGCUUCAUUUGUGGAGUCCAAGAACAAAGUCAACUGCGAUCGUAACGUGUUGGAGGACGGAAAGCCUGCCAAGACUGAAUGCAAGCCAAAGCAGGGGACAAACAGUGAUGACAUUGUUUUCCGCAGGCAGCACAACAAGAAGAAACGUGACAAUGUACCUUCUGACGGCACAACGAAAGUGAAGCGUGUCUCAUUUCAUGAGGAUUUUAUCAGAAAUGAGCUAAAAUCCAAUGAGAAAUGUGGGACCGAAUUCUCAGUCAGUUUCCUUCCCCCAAAUUCUGUCAUAAAGCGUGAUGCAGUAAAGGGAAGGUAUACGUGGUGUAGUGAAGGGGAUGCCCCCUUUAUGCGACAGCGGAACAAAGAGUCUGACACCAAAUCUGAUAUUUAUCUCUUGUCCUCCUCAGCUAUGACUUCAUCACAUGAAAGUAUUUGUAUGGAAGAUCCUCUGGUACGACUAGACCAGAAUACUAAUAACAUAAAUUCUCAGCAGAAGGAUAAAUGUAUGGUCUCAGAAACUGCACACACUCCCCCAGUUACAGAAAGAGGCACCCCAGAAGGUCAGGAAGAUCCUCCCAAUUGUGCAUCCAGUUUGUGUCUUCACAAGCAAGGUAUUGGAGGAACUCUACCUGAGGCUGUUUGCAGGGUCAGUGGUAAUAUGAAGAGGUAUUCAUCGUCUGUAGACUGGUCAUCUGAUUCAGAAAGAAUUCUGGCCUCAGAUAGUGAAUUUGUAAGCAGCAGGACUUCACAUUUGAUAUCAUCAUCUUUAAAAGAAAACUGUUUUCAUGAAAAUGCAAGUUCUUUUUUCCCACCUGAUGAUCAGAAAUCAAAACUCCGUAGCCACCACCACAUCUCACGGAAAGGAACACCCCUCAGUUUGAUUUCGUCAAGAGACGUUGCAUCCAAAACGUCGCUCUUUAACAAGUUUAUGAGGUCUCUGGCUGAAAAGAAAUUUAUGCAGAAACCGAAGGUGAUACUGAAACCAUCUCAAUCUUUGUACAUCCCUGGAGCCAGGAAUCUGGAUCGUAUGAAAGCACUGGAGCAUUUCAAAACUGAACUAGCUGCUAUGGGUUGCAAUGUGCAGCAUGUUCAUCCAGAGACUUCAGAUUUAGAAGAGACAUUUAGAGCACAGGUGUUCCUGGACUCUGAGGAAGUGUUAUACAAGGUUUUUAAAGUUUCCAGUUCCUACUGCAGCAGUUAUGUUGGCAGACCAUUACUAGCAUUGCUGACCAACGUCAACCUUUACUUAACUGGUGUCAAGAGUAACUACAAGUACUGCAACCAGCUGGUUAUGCCCUACACGGACUUGGAUGCAAUGCUGGUGGGCCCAAACUUGCAGACUGUGCUGCUAGUUGGUGUCAACCGACAGACACAGUUCCUUGUUGUCACUGGUAAUCGUGCUAUCACAGAACAGCUUGUGGGUCAUAUUGAGAUUGCUAUGCGGCGGGCCCCUAUGAAACCUCCUCUUCCAUCAGUUAGGGAGCUGGAACUGGACGAUAUGAAGGGUUUGGUGCAGGACGUUUCAUUGCCGGAGGGUGAAGCUAUCUGUCACUAUAGCCUCGUGCAUCUCCAGGACCAUCAUGUCAGUCCUCCCUCAACCCCACUGGGACCUACAAAGGAAGGCCAUCUUAUGUUCCGACCGGCACUGGAUGCCCCGCUGCAGCCUUGGGAACCAGGUUUUUUCUUGCUGAAAGCUGGUGUAGUCUACAUGUUUGGUGACAAGUCCCAUCGCUUGCCCAAGCGAGUGAUUCCGUUAAAGGGGAAUGGGUGUCGUCGUAUUUCUCAUGCUCGGCGCCCACAUACGUUUGAGAUACUCGUGGGUCCACGAAGGUCUUUCCAGUUUGCUGCUGCUGAUGAGUAUGAAGCUUCUGAUUGGCUACAAGCCUUUGUUCAGGCAGCAUCUGGCGUGUAUGAAGAGGAGAAGGUGCAAACUAUGUACUGCUCACUUGUGGUGACAGAAUGCCACCUUGUCACUUGCCUCGAGAAGUUCCCAGGAUCAAGACAAGCACAGAUACUUUCAUGUGCAGCAAUACAGGAUCUCACAGCAUUCACCAUUGAUUCAAUGGAGCACAGCUGGUGUGUGGUGGAGUUUGCGUGCCGAGAGGUGCAUGAAAGCACUGGAGACUGGGUGCUCUACUUUGCAUCACCUGAUGAGAUGCACAGCUUCAUGGAUGUGCUGCAGGAGCUGUGGCCAUCCUUGCAACAGACUGAGUUCCCGCUGUGCCCAUUGGUGGAUGUCUCACUGAGCAGACGGUGUACAGAAACCAGCGCACUUCUCGCAAGCGCAUGGAACGUGAUGCUUCCCACAGCUCCUCACGCCUCUUUGUAACAUCAUUGCAGGUCUUCUCCCCGCUUGCUAUAUUUUCAUGAUACCACAUACAUGUACAGUUCCGUGCAUGCAGGAGGCAACACUGAUAAAGAAGACAUCCAGAUACAAACUUUGUGUCCAUCUUUCUUUGAAUAAUAAUGGACAAUUUCUGCUCAGUUAUAAUAAUAUUUAUCUGUACAGUGAAUUCUGUAUAUUCAUAGAUGAAGCAAACAGAAGAUGAAGUAGCAGUAUCGAAGGUGACCGGGAGAGUUACGUAGAUGGUCUUGAUAUUUCAGCAUAGAAAGAAGAGUAAUUUAGAAAUGAAUGGUUUUAAUGCAAAUAUGUGCAGAGUUUUAAGUCUUCUGACUCAAGGGCUACGUAAUGCUAGUGACCUAACCUGUCUGUUAAUGUUUUACUGAAAGCAAACUAGGUUUAUGGCAUCAAAUUGUUUGGUAGUCGGACUCUUUCAAUGGACUGUUAUCGUAUAUAAACAAAAUGACAAAUUAUGGCGUGGUUGAAGUCAUCGUGUUGCUUUGUUUUCUGUUUGUGCAUUCAGUAACUGUACAUGUGCGGCAUAAAAAUACUUACACUUACACAUUCGUAGAUAACAGGUAAACUGGUAGCUUUAUAAUGAUAGCGAACAUAGCGUAUUACUCUAAUUGAUGCAGCCAUGGGACCCCUGCCAACAACAUUAGAGAAUUUUGUAAUUGUUUUGCAUUUCAAAAAUAUUCCUUUUUAGUUGAUUUGUUUCAUGUGUCAGGUGUAAUGUUUUAAUUGAAGGCUAUAAUCCACUUUUUCAACAUAGUAAUUACUGGUAUGAUAGGUUGGAAGCCAGGGAUCCACAGGUUUCAACGAAGUUAUGACAAAGCUUGUCGCUAGUGAGUGCUGACCUGCCUUGUGCUUUUGACUUUCUGACUUAGAAAACUAUAUAAAAGACUUUGAGAUAUGUAAACAUAUUCAUUCCUGUCUGAAAUAUUGGAACAGCAAAAGAGCUUUGUUAUAUCAUUUCAUGCUCUGUAGUUUUUUGUUACGUUUUUGUAAUUACUUGGGUACCUGGUGUAGGUGUGAUGUGCUGGACAUCUCUGCCAGAGGACUUUGCAUUCAGUCCAGUGUGGUUUUCCCUCACUUCAGAGGUCCGUAUUAAGAUAUAGGUUUAUGCGUUCAUCAUCAUAUCGGUGAGGGUGUCAGGUGAAGUUUGAUCUCAUAUUAUGAAUUGUGCAUGGAGUAUGGCAGUACAGAAUUAUAAUGGUAGCUAAAGAAAUAUGUACAUCAUCCUCUGAGAAAUGCGUGGUUUCUGAAGAGUGCAAUAGAUUUUUAUUAUGGCUUUUCCUGCCACUUGUGCAAUGUCUUUUUAUAUUACCAGAACACAUACAUGGCUGCAGUUGUAAGGAUGUAGAAUAUCUCUUAGUUUAAGCUUUGUGUGUUAUCCGUUGGGCCAGUGGUUGAGUUUGUUGCUUCGCUAUAUUUAUGUACGGGCAGCUGUUGAUUCAGCAGGUCACUUCAGUUUGUUUGCGGAGUUGGUAUUUAAUGGAAGUGUUUAGCAAAACUGUGACACUAAACAGGCUGUUUAUACAGAUGGUGAUAACAGCAAGUAGUGGUGGUAUAUCGACUUGAAAGAAAGUACAGCAGCAAAAUCCACGUAGAAAUUAUCACAGGAGGCACGUGAGAUAAGUCGUAUUGGUGUAACCUUUAAUACAGUGGUUCACAAACUAUAGUUUACUGUGAAGUGUUUCAUGGAGAGGACAAGAUAAAAGAAAUUGUAAUUGCUGGUACUGUUUGUUUUAUGUUGUGUCCCAAUAUUAUUUUUAUGCAAAUUCUUUUCAAGCUGCUGCAUUGCUUGGUGCACAGUUACAAGAUAAAUUAGCUCCAGGUUAAGAUUAAAAAAAAAACAGCUGUGUGAAAAUGAACGUGGUGAAAUGGGUACUUGGAAGGAAUGAAAGAAUAUCUAAAUAAGAGGAAAUAUGUUUUUAGAUGGGUUUGUGGAGUGAUCAAAUUUGGAAACCACUGCCUAUGAUGUAAUUGCAUUUGUUUGUUUACGAAAGAUAUUAAAUUCUGCAUGUCUCUUUUCAAUUUUUAAUUGGAUUAUUUUUCUCCUUUAGAUAGAGUGAAAUUGCCUGAAGCAUAGAAGUUGAAGAGGAAAAAUAUCCCCUAAGUAAUGUGUUUUCAAUGAUAGCGAUGAAUACAACUUUUAUGUGGAGAUUACUUCAUUGAUUUUAUAGCAGUUUUCAAGUAAUCUCUGCUAUUGUACUGCAUUGUGUUACUGUCUUACGAAGAUUCUUGUAAAGCAACAUUUUUUUAACUAGGGUUCGAUGAGUUAUUGGGAAGUGUCUCCAGAUUUCUUUAGAUACUUAAAGAUUUGUUGGAAGCAAAUGGAUUUACUUAAACAUUAUGUGAUAGACGUACAGAGAGGAUUGGAAACAGUAAUCUUUGGGCAAGAAAUGAAGGAAAAAUGUACAAGAAUGAACAUUCAGUUUGCAUAAAACAACCCAUUUUCUAGAAAGUUUGCUGGUCGUUGUACUGUGGGUUCCACUGGUCCAAGUUGGUGUAUAGUUUUUUACGCAUUGUACGUGCGUUUCAGUUUCCUCAUUUGUGGAAAUAAGUGUUGAUAGUAUAAUGUUCUUUUUAACGCCUUCCUGGAAUUAUACAGUGGGCACACUUAACGUUCUUUAAUUUAAGUGCAGUUUUAAUCACUGAAACGUUGUGUAUGGAAUCCAUGGCUAUUGGAAUCUGUUAGUACACAACAGGCUGCUGCAUUUGUUUAAAUGCUAAUGAUGCAGAAGGACUACAUCACUUAAUAUAAGGUGUUUGAUUGGUACAGAAAUUUGCUGCUUGUAAUAUCUUUAUGGUAGUGUAUCAUGAGACCAUGGAAGCAGUAGUGCAAGUUUUACCACACAAGCAGAAUUGACUUUUGUAACGGUCUCUACUUACACAGAACUUUGUAACUGUUAAUUAUAAAAUGCAUAAAAAACCAUAUUUUAUAGGAACUGGUGAUACUGUUUGCCACCUACCUUCAGACAUGCAUAACAUCACAAAUUGUAUAACACAUUCUGAAUUACAUUCUCAGGACCGGAAGAAGCUGCAUGUAUUACUCACUCACGUACCAAUCUGAGUUUAUGAUUUGCUGAAAGAAUACUUUUUGAGGGGUUUUUCUGCGGCUGUGAUGCAGUCUGCGUCCUAACUACCUGACAGUUCUGCCUUCAGUGUAUGUAAUAGUUUUUGUACUUGCAGAAGGCACAUUUAACUUUCUCUUUAUGUAAGUAUUGUCGAUUACAUGACCAUUGCAUGUGGCUUCUUCUUCUUGUGAUAAUGCUGUGGUGUAUGCCAAAAUAGGUGUAACAUCUUACAUUAAGCUUUAAUAAAGGGAUGCAGUUCCUCAUGAUGAGGCGUUGCUUACUGAUGUGUGCAUUGAUUGGAGUGCAAUUUGAGACAUGUAAUGUUUAUAUGUGCUAUCUUAUUUAUUUACUAAUUUAUUUAUUUCAUGAAAACAAAAACUACUGUUUUGUGGAUGACUGAAAAGGUUUGAUUUAUUUUGAUUUAUGAGAAUUAUUUGGUGCAUGUGCAAUAGGUCAUAGAGAUAUUUCUAUUGUGCCUGUGAUCAGCAUAGUUUGUGAGCUUCUAUGCCUGUACUUGGAGAUUCACACUCCAGCAUGAAGAUCCAUGAAACAUACACAAUUAAUGGUUCAUAUUCUAAAAUCUUUUAUUAGAUAUGUGGCUAGCAUGUACAUAUUUUAGUUUUAGGAAAGUGGUGUAAUUCUUUAUCUAAAUGUUUGUGAGGAUGGUAAAUAUUGUGUAUUUUAGAAGGUUAGUUUUAGAAAGAUAAAUUCUUAUGGUUCCAACCAUCCUUUAUUCUGAUAUUUUGUGUAGUGCACACGGAUUGGCCAGUGGAUCCGUAGUUUUACAAAUACCACUUUGCUGCAAAAUAAUGCCAAAACGUUCAGUGAUUCUAACUUCCCCAUGUCUUGGUGAUAUUCGUGCACUGAUGCUGGUUUGUAGUGUAAGUUGCAAUUUUGGGCUCUUUAUUUGUUUUACGCUUGGAGCUGAUGGAAAAAGUCACAUGAGGGGCUCCUUUAUAAGGCCCUUGUCACAAAGAUUUUGUAGAGUUUUAUGAUUUAUGUGAUUUGUUAUAUUCUUGUAAAUAAUAUUCUGUUUCUUAUAAAUUAUUCUUCAUAUUGUUUGGAAGGAAUCGUGGAUUCGACUGUCUUCUGGGUUGCACUGUGUAGUCUUGUGGCAGUGUACCUCUCAUCUACCUUGAUGUAUAAAGGAGAGGACCAGUGUGUGUCUCUGACUCAUCAAGCAAGCUACACAGGGUGUAUUCACUUUUUUUUUUGUCAGAGGGUACUCAACAGUAUUGGUGUUUGUCAGUUCUUGUAGCUGAAUUGUCAAAUGGUUUGUUAUCCUGUAAUGGCAGUUUUGUAUUCACAUUGUUGUCCAUUGGUGUAGUUUGUGUUCAGGACUAUAACAGGAGUAUGAAAAUUUAACAAGCUUCUUGUUUUAAUCAGAGGUUGCUGACAACUGACAAACUUUCACAUUAGAAUCCAACUUUUUCAUAGUGGAAUUUUGUGGUUGAGCACAGCUGAAGUCAGUGAAAUAACCUUUUCUUGAACUUAACAUUUCCUGAACUUAUUCCUUUUAAUUUUAUCAUAAGCUUGUUUUUAUUGGCCUUGUAUUAACUUCUUCGGAAGCCCUCAUGGACCUAUAUGACUCGUACCCCAUGAUGUGUGAUGGUGGGGGGGGGAAUUGAGUGAAUGUGUGAAUGCAUUAUAGCUUUGUGCAGUUGAAAAUAUUAUUAUUAUUGCCCCGCAUCCAGAUUAUGUUUCGGGGUUAGAGCACAUUAUGGUGGAAGGCAGUCAGGUUGUUACUGUUAUGUUAUAGUUAUACAGAGUGUAAAUAAAUUUUCAUGUAGCUUUGA